CCCUGACGCACAGCGCAGCACUUUACUAAUGAGAUUAAAUCCAGUGUCGUCGUGUUUUGAGAGUAAAAGAUUUCACUAUCUGUCAAUAAUUUAGGACAAAUAAUGUUACUACAUUGGCGAUAAGGAUAUUUUAUUUAAAACAAGUGGUGUUAUUAAUUUUAUCUUGAAUUAAAAAUAUUAUAAUUUAUUGAUUGAUAAUAUGGAAGCUGACCCAAGUUUAGGUAGAGCUUUGACAGGAAAUGAAGAAGAUCCAUAUCCAAGUUUAUCUGAUUACCAUGACUAUGAGCCAAAUUUAGAGUUUGAUGAUACAGAACUUCAAACGACUACUAAUAAUGUAUCACAACUUUUGGAAGAAAAACUUGAUCUUAGUACAGCUGGAUCGGGGAUUGUGGAUUACUUAGAAAGUCCUGUAAGUGAUGGAACCAUAGAAGAAAAUUUUGAAGAAGCAUUAGUUGACGCACCAGUAAUUAAAAAUGCUGAAGACCUCGCAGCUCUCGAUGCCGAACUUGCUGAUGAAGAAGAUUAUAAUGACAUUGCACGUCUUGGUAUUGUUGAAGUCGUUGGUGAUGAUAGUGCUGGACGCAAAGUUAUCGUUGUAUCAGCUUGUAAACUUCCUGCUGUAGGAAAAGAAGUCUUUAAUCAUGCCAAACUUCUCCGAUAUCUAACACAUACUUUGGAUACCUUUGUAGAACAAGAUUAUAGUUUAGUAUAUUUUCACUAUGGCCUUACAUCGAAAAAUAAGCCACCAUUAACAUGGUUAUGGCAAGCUUAUAAGGCAUUUGAUAGAAAAUAUAAAAAAAAUUUAAAAGCGUUAUAUUUAGUACAUCCUACAAAUUUUAUUCGAAUAGUUUGGCAAAUUUUUAAACCAGCUAUUAGUGCAAAAUUUGGUCGAAAAAUGAUGUAUGUAAAUUAUUUGGAUGAAUUGGCGCAGCAUAUUAAUCUUGACCAGUUGAUCAUUCCUCAACAAGUUAUAGAUCACGAUGAACAAUUAAUGUCCAAAAUAAGAAAGCAUUUACCUACAAGUCCUCCUCCAAGCUCGGUCGCAACGCCAAUUGCUACAACACAAUUUGGAGCAAGCCUUCAAUUUAUUAAAGAAAAUAAUGGAGGAGAUCCAAUUCCACCCAUUGUAAAACAAUGCGUUGAAUUUCUUGAUACUCCGGAUGCAUUGGAAACUGAAGGUAUAUUCAGAAGAUCAGCAAAUGUUGCAGUAGUUAAAGAACUUCAAAGUCGAUGUAAUCAUGGGCUUGCAGUUGAUUUUCAAGGAGAUCCUCAUAUUGCGGCCGUUCUUUUAAAAACAUUUCUUCGUGAGUUAGAUGAACCUCUUAUGACUUACGAGCUUUAUGACGAGAUUUCACAAUUCCAAACUUUAUCAAAGGAUGAAAGACCACGAAAAGUGAAAAUUUUAGUUUUGGAAAAGUUACCAGAAGAUAAUUAUCAAUUGCUUAAAUACAUAGUACAAUUUUUAUCUAGGGUAAUGGAUAGAUGUGACUUAAAUAAAAUGACAUCAAGUAAUUUAGCAGUAGUUUUUGGGCCAAACUUAGUUCGAGCUCCACCUUCGGUAGGCAUGUCACUUUCAGCAAUAGGACCAAUAAAUCAAUUUGUAGACUUUUUAUUUGCUUAUCAAGAUAAAAUAUUUAUUAUUUAAGAAUUAUUAAUUUUUAAUUUCUCUGGCCUAUAGGUACUCGAUUAGACAAAAUUUUGAUGCAAUGUAAUAGACUGAUCAAAUUGAUUUGUUUCACAAAAAUAUUUGCAUCAUAUUUAUUCAGAGUCAGUAUUGAUGGCUAAAAAUUAAAAAGCCUGUUAAACUAUCAUUAGAGAGAAACAAAAUUUUAAUACUACAAUGUUUUUAAUUAAAAACAUUUUUAUAUACUAUCAAUCCAUUAUUGUUUUUUUUUUAUUUUCAAAUUAAAAAAUAUAGACUUUUUUUAGAAACUAAAAUAUAAAACUAUUAACCUAGUCACAAGAAAAUGCACAAUUUUUAUCAUGAAAGUAUAUUUGAAGUUAACAAACAAUUCUGUAUAUCAAUUUCGAAUUUUUCAAUAUUUAUACUGAAUUCUCGAUUGUAUACCAAAGAUAAUUAACUAAAAAACGUUAUAGUGUUAUUAUUAUAUUAAUUAAAAGAAAAAAAGAUUGACGCAAUGGUGAAAAAGAAAAUAGGGCGAAUUUUCUUUUAUAAUAACAUUUAUUGAUAAAAACAGAUGCCUUAAUAAGCAUGAGAUCAUUAUCAUUAUGAAUAGUUGAUAAUUUUUGCAAAAACAUAUUGUUUUCUAUUAAUUCAUUGAAAACAUUUUUUUUUCCAAUACUAAAAUUUGUACCUUACAUUCCAUUUAUAUAUACUACCGGCCAUUAAAAAUAUAUUAAUAAUCCGAUUAAAUAUUAUACAAUUAAAAAAAAAGCAUUAUAUAUACAUUCAAUUAUAAAUAUAAAAUUGCAGGUUGCAUGAACUAAGUAUGGGACAUAACGAUGAUGAUGAAAAGCGUAAAAUAAUUAUAUUGUAAAUAUAAACGAUUUAAUUAAGUGUAAAAAACAUAUUUAGAUUAGUUGAAACAAUUAGAUUUUUAAUAAUAUAGAAUUAGAUUGAUUAUAAAUUUUCUUUAUACAUAAUUAUGUGUUCAACAGGAUAGAUUGUGAAUGCAACGUAAAAAAAAAAUUUAUAUCUUAAAAAAGUUUUUUAAAAUAAUUUUUCAAUUAAUAAUUUUAUUUUAUUAAAUAAAAAUUUUGAAUCAAUCACAAAUGUAUAACAUAAUCCAGAUAUAAAUAUGUAUCGACAACCGAAUUUAAUUCUAAAAACAUUAAACCCUCAUUGAAAUAAAGCGUCAGAAAAUCUUAA